CGAGCAUUUGCUUCGCCUUUUGAGGCCAAUCCUCGCCGCAAUUGCCUAUCAUGGAGAUGAACUACGAUGAUAAGGAGAUCCGACAGAUCGAAGCCGAGCUUCACACCGAGAUCCUCCCUGGCACAGAAAUCAUGGCAGAUGUCGGCACGCACCACUUCGUCAAAGGAGCUGGGAAGACCGUUCUUGUCCCUCAACCCAGCGAUGACCCGCAUGACCCUUUAAAUUGGAGUACGGGAUGGAAGAUCGCUUGUAUAACUGCUAGUACGGUGGUCACGUUUACCCAGGGUUUUGGCCCCUUGGCGCUUGCACCAAUGUUUGAACCGAUUAUGGAGGACUUCCAUUGCAGUCUUGCGGAUGCGGUGCAGUUUACUGGUGUUUGUAUUUUGGUGCUGGGGUUUAGCAAUUUUAUCUGGGUUCCUAUCAGUACCUCCUUUGGCCGUCGCCCUGUCUAUCUUCUCUCGCAGCUCAUCAACUUUGGCACUUCGAUCUGGCGCGCGAAAGCUACAUCUUAUGGCAGUUUUAUGGGAGCCUGUGUUGUGAAUGGAAUUGGAGCUGGUCCUGCGGAAACCAUGCAGCCUGCAGUUAUUGCGGAUAUCUUCUUCUUGCAUGAUCGUGGGAAGUGGAACACGCUAUAUUGGGUAACCUACAUGGGAUCUUUAAUGGUUGGACCUAUUAUUUCUGGUCCCAUGGCGUCUAACGUUGGAUGGCGCACUUUUUGGUGGCUCAAUACCGCUCUACUAGGGUUCUCGUUCCUCCUUGUAGUCUUCAUGUUCCCAGAAACGAAAUAUCACCGGCCACACCCAGAUGAACUCAACCAUACCAUCAGCAAAGGCAGUCCCGCUGCCUCUUCAAACGAAAAACUCGAGACCGCCAUCACAACCGAAAACACGGCGUCCAAACCCACCGACCCUGAAUCUAUCCAGCAAGUCCCAACCUCCGACUGCAUCACUGGUCCCCUCGCCGGCCUCACCCAAGAAGAAACUGCCGCGCUGGACCCGUAUCUUGGCAAAGGCAAGCCGGGGAAAUAUCAAUGGAGGGUGUUCCAGCCAAACGCGCACCCUUUCAAAACGAUAUUACUUGAUCUCUGGAUCCCGUGGAAGAUGUUUGCGUUCCCAAUUGUCGAGUUUGCGAGCUUUGUAGUUUCGUGGAGCUGUAGCAGUUUUUUGACUCUGAACUUGACGCAGAGUCAGGCAUUUGCGGCGCCACCCUAUAAUUUUAAACCCCAGACGAUUGUAGGUUUCUUCAACUUCGCCAUCCUAGUCGGUGCCCUAAUCGGCCUCUUCACCGCCGGCCCACUCUCCGACUGGAUCUCCGCACGCUCGACCCGCCGUAACAAUGGCAUCCGCGAGCCGGAAAUGCGUCUGCCUGCCAUGAUCCCCUACGUUAUCAUCAUGUAUCUCGGCAACAUCAUCGUAGCUGUCGGAUACCAGAGGCACUGGCCCUGGGAAGCCAUCGUCAUCAUCGGGUUCACGUGCGCGGGGAUCCAAGUUGCGGCGCUCCCGAGUAUUAGCUCGACUUAUGCGGUAGAUAGUUAUAAACCGGUUGCCGGGAGUCUGUUUGUGAGUAUCACGGUUAAUAAGAAUGUUUGGGGGUAUGGCUUCAGUAAGUUCAUCACGGUUUGGGCAGAGGAUGAUGGGUUUAUUCCCCCAAUUAUGACGAAUGGGAGUUUGAUACUGUUGUGGUGUCUGUUUGGAAUCUUGUUUUGGUGGAAGGGAAAGACUUUUAGAAGAUGGACGAAGAAUAGUAAGGUACAUAGGAUGUAGGGGCUUGUUGUUUGAGGUUGAAGAUUG